AUGUCGGGCAGAGAUUCGCCGCCAUCACGUUCUACAGUCGUCACAAUGUUGGACGAUACUGAGACGAGUAAAGUUUCUAAUGGUGGAUCGAUAACAGACUGCUCAUCAGAACCCAACCCACAGAAGAUUGACUUGGAAAACAAAAAGACCGGAAGCACACAGGAAACGAAGAGGGUGUUGAUAGUUGGAGCGGGUGCUGCCGGCACUGCAGCCGCUUAUAGCCUUGGCAAAAAUCCCGAUAAGUUUGAAGUGGAAAUCUGGGAGAGGGGCUCCGUUCCAGGUGGGGUCGCAGCCACAGCCAGUUUGGAGAAGCAGAGGGGUACCUUUGUCAACUAUGGUGUACAAGGCGGUACACCUACAUAUAGGAAUACCUUAAACAUACUACAAGAAAAUAAUCUCGAAACACAUCCAGUUCACAUGAUGAUCUCGUUCGGUAAGGAGAAAACAGCUUGGACAAAUUACGCGGAUUCAGACCUUACACAACGACUGAGCAAAGACAUCGGAAAAUUUGAGAAAACUUUGAAGUUGAUUCAUCGGUUUGAGCCGAUCUUUAUAUUCCUACCUAUAGCAAAGGUUUUGAAAUGGUUUGGGUACUCGGAAGAAUUCAUGAACGAAAUGGUUUUCCCACUAACAGCGUUGUUCUUUGGAACUGGAAACCAGACACCAAACGUGUCGUCUGCAAUAAUGGCACGUGUUUUCCUUGAUGACGAUUUAAGAUUAUUUGACUAUGAUACAAAGAGACUUUUGAGCCAGACUCCGGAAAUGUUUGCGUUUCCAAAUUUAGAGAAAAUGUAUGAGACUAUAAUAUCUAGUUCCGGUGCGAAAUUUUUCCGCAACAGGCCCGUUGAAUCAGUGAAGCGAACGCGCGGGAAAGUAUAUGUUAGAGAUAAAGAAGGCAAGACUGAAGUGUUUGAUGAGAUCAUUUUUGCUUGUGAUGCAGAAACUGCGCUUAAACUGCUAGAAGAUCCCAGUUACAUGGAACGUAAAACACUUGGAAACGUAAAAUAUUUCAAUGACCUUAUAAUUACACACGAAGACGAGGAAUAUAUGAAUGAUCACUAUGAACUGCAUAAAGACACAGAUCAGUACCUCGUACGCACGGACCCAGAAGAUCCGUCAAAGAUCGAAAUGUCUUUUGAUCUAUCUAACUAUCAACCACAAUUGAAGAAAAUUCGUGACCAGAAAGGCCACGUCUUUCAGACAAUAUACCUUGAUGAUGAGUGUUCGGAUAUGUGGACCUUGAACAAAGUAAAUCCCGAGAAAAUCAUGCUGAAACAUUGGUGGCGCCAAUUUUCGCACACUUGGCGCCAUUUUGCAUUUACUGUUCCGCUAAUGAGGUAUAUUCAGGGGAAAAGGCAUACAUAUUACUGCGGAUCCUAUACCCUGGUCAAUACUCAUGAGGUGGCCGUUAUGUCCGGGUUCUCCGCUGCGUACAGGAUCGGUUCACCAUACCCAUUCGACCACGACAGUCUUGCCAAAAAGCAGUUCGACCAUUACUUGAUGGUCAUACAUGGACGUCCGAGAAAAACGGGAUGUAAUUGUUCAACAAUAAAGUCAUUUUUUCUGGCAAUUCUGAUGGCUAUUUUCGCCUUUCUUUCACUUAUGAUUGGCGCAUGCGUAAACAGAAAAAGGGAAGAUGUCAGACCAGGGUAA